AUGAAAAAAGCGUUACAUGGAGAUGGCACGAAAGAUUCGCCAUAUAUUAGAAAAGCUAAAGAAGCUUUAAGUUUCCUCGAUUCGUAUUUCAACGUUAGGGAUGCUUUCUUAGAUUAUGCAUUUUUGUACUUGAAGCCACUACAAAAUGAAGAGCAGAAAGCUAAGUUUAUAAAUGUGAAACCAUUAGAGAUGAAACCCGUUACCUUACAAGAACACUUUCGAAGAAUUUUUUCAGUCGGAUUCCCUGAUCGUUAUCCUCAUUCACUUAGGCUUUUCAGCAUCUCUCAUCCUCACCGCAAAAGCCAGCAAGUGUCGUUUGGAGGACUAGAAAGUGACCACGUCGACGUUUACAAUCUUAACCUGAGCUAUGGUCAGAAUGACACAGGAAUGAUUGGAGGAAAAGACCCAUUCGUCGAACACUCGAUUGCUACUUGCCCUGGAUCCUCGGGCGCUCCAAUCUUCCUUUACACCUACAACCAUGAAACGGGUGAACUGAUUGUCGACGAGGGUGUUUACUUUCUCCAUUUUUAUGGGGAAGUAAAGGGCAAACUUCACGGGAAGGCUGUGUCAUUUUCUACUAUUAGAAAAAAUAUGCCAUUGCAAGAACUUCACAACGGACUAGCGUCUGCCCUUGCUGAG